CACUGCUCUGGGUCUGAUGACUUGUCCGCUCGGCUUUUUGGCGGACUUUUAAUUAUGCCUAUUGAAUUGGAGGGCUGACUGGAACGAGGCAGCGGGGGAGCGUUGGGGACCAGGGGGGUGUUUCCCCACGGCUCCCCCACGUCCGCACAUCCCCAGAAGCUGAGAACGGCCGCAACUAAUUGCAUGGGUGAGCCCUGACUGAGAACGGCCACAAUUCAUUUCGCGGGUGACCCCCGGCUGAGAACACCCAAAAAUCCUUACACAGGUGAGCCCGGGCUGAAAACAACUCGCUGCACGGAUAAGCCUUGUCCGAGAACAGUCACAAGUCGUUGCACAGUUCCUGCAGAGCUCCAGGUCCUUCGGUGGCUUCACUUGUAGAGAUGAGGACUCGUGAGUUAGAAAUGGCAGUGUUGCAGAGCAAUAAGCAAAAGCCUCGGUCUCUUCCAGUCUGAGCAGUCACUGGGCAGUGAUCAGGGCUCUGAAUCUCAGGAGGAAACUGGUUAGAAAUGUAUCCCUUUGCUGCUGAUGCUGUUAAACCAGUGUGUGAGGAGCAUUAGCAGCUUCACAAGAGACAGAGUGAGUUAGUAAGGAAUGCAAAAAUAUACCCUCCGCAGGUGCUACAGCCGCGUGAAGGAGCACGGCGUCGGCAAGAGGAAAAGCAGCUACACCUUUGAGCAGCUGGAGCAGGUGUUUGGGCAGGGAGGAUGGGACUCCCAGCCCUGCCAGCCCGUCCUCAUCAACAGCAGCGGCUUGUACCAGGAGCUGGAGUCGGACGGCAGCACCAUGGAGGAAUACUCUCAGGAGGACUGGGGAAACCACAGCCAGGAUCUUCACUGCUACCAGACGGGCGAGCAGGAAUUGGAUGAAAUGCCUACCACGAAAAGAACACUAAAGAUAAAACAGGAAUCUUCAGAAGACACGCAGAAGCGCGACGUCAUGCAGAACAUUAUGCAAAUCUUGGAGUCGGUCCAGUUGAAGUGGGAGCUGUUUCAGAGCUGGACGGACUUCUCCAGGCUCCACCUUUCUAACAAACUGGCCAUUUUCGGCAUUGGGUACAACACCCGCUGGAAGGAGGACAUCCGUUACCACUACGCAGAGAUCAGCUCCCAGGUGCCCCUCGGCAAGCGGCUCCGGGAAUAUUUCAACUCGGAAAAACCGGAGGGUCGGGUGAUCAUGACCCGAGUACAGAAAAUGAACUGGAAAAACGUUUAUUACAAAUUCCUGGAGAUCACCAUCAGCGAGGCCAGGUGCUUGGAGCUGCACAUGGAGAUCGACUGGAUUCCCAUCGCUCACUCCAAACCCACUGGAGGGAACGUGGUGCAGUAUUUAUUGCCAGGAGGGAUCCCAAAAAGCCCUGGCCUGUAUGCCAUUGGAUACGAGGAGUGCCACGAGAAACUCCCCUCCCCUCUGGCCGAGCACCGGGCACCCGACCCCGGCAAUGAGACUCCAGGGGAGCUCGAGGUCCCCUCCCCACAGGCCUCCCUUCGGGUGGAUAUGGAAUCCGCCCGGAUUAUCUACUGUUACCUCGGCAUCGCCGAGGUCCGGACUCUCCAGCAGUGCCUGUUUUUACACUUCCAGGCAAACACCAAAACCUUCAGCAAAGAUUGGGUCGGGAUCAACGCCUUUUUAUCUCAGAACUGCGUCGUAGAACCCGGUGUCUCGCCCAAAUCCAUCUACAUCAAAUUUGUGGAAGUGGAGAGGGAUUUUCUGUCUGCUGGCUCUUUGGUAGAGUGCCUGGAAAAAGCCAUCGGGUACCCCUUAAAAUUUAACAACUGAGCCUCGUCCUUCAUAAGGAUCAGGGCUUUCCGCCCCAUUUUCCAUCUCACUCGGCUCCUGUCCGUUCACAUCCGGGCGCAGGGGACUUUUCCGCCUGGAAGCGCGUUUCGGGGCGCGCCGAGGCUGGCGGGGCGCUCCCCACG